AAUGGAAGCCUUAUCUCUUGUACCACGCGCGUCCCCAUUAUAAAUGGAGCUUUCUGCAUUUCCGAGCUUCAAAGCAGCUUCUAAUGCUUCGUUACUUCCAUUUUAUUCGAAUCAAGUUUGGUGCCGAUGUUCUUUUCGUCUUCGUCGUCGAGAUUAUGGCUUUCGUUGGACUCGCAAGUCAAAACCGUUUAUUCGGAUCAAGAUGUGCUCGGAGAAAGGCUCGUCGUCAAACGGUUAUGGUGGAAUCGAGAGCGGAGAAACGAAAUCUGAUUUUGUCGAAGUGAUUGGCAUUGGCUCUAGGAAGGACGCGGUUUUUGAUUUCUGCUUGAACUCGCCGUUUCAGCUAUUGUCGCUGCGAUUUUGGAAUAUUCUUAUGAAAGAAGCACAAGAGGUGCAAUUACAGCAAAGGUCAAUUGAAGAAGAACCUUGUCCAAGAAUUGUCAAAGCUCCAGUAUUUUUGAAGUCGUGUUCAAAGACUAUUGUCCUUGUUUGUACAUUCCUUACCUUCAAACUCCUGUUGUAA